AUGCAAUUUUAUCAAUCCAACUAUUCCUAUCAACAAGCACAACCAUCAAUACCUGUCAAUAGCAUGGGCUCAAUGGAUAUGGGAUUCAACAACGAUGUGAGUGGCACAAUGGGAGGAGGAGAAUUGACUCCGGGGCUUCUUGCUGCGUUUGGUACUCUGGGAUAUCCCGGUGAGCCGCCAUUACUCGAAGAGUUGGGCAUAAAUUUUCUGCAUAUAAAAUCAAAGACGCUAGUGGUCUUGAACCCAUUGAUGAAGGAUAUACCUAGUGACAUUAUGGCUGACUCUGAUUUGGCAGGACCCAUCUUGUUUGUGCUAUUGUUUGGUACAUUGCUUUUGUUGGCGGGUAAGGUACAGUUUGGAUACAUUUAUGGGGUUGGGUUAUUUGGUACAGUGAGCUUGCAUUAUUUGUUCAAGUUCAUGAGUAAUGACACUCAAAUUGAUCUUAGUCGUUCAGCUUCAGUGAUUGGGUACUGUUUGUUACCGUUGGUGUUGAUUAGUGUUGUUGGUGUGGUGGCCAAUUUGGACAACUUGGUAGGCUACGUACUCAGUGCAGUUGCUGUCUUAUGGUGCACUUACUCAGCUAGUGGAUUCUUUGUCUCAGUAUUGAAGUUGCACAAUGUUAGACCUUUGAUUGCUUAUCCGUUGUGUAUUCUGUCCAAGCCAUUCUAUGUUACAACGCCCAUAUUCUAUGUCAAUGCUGCGCCGCAUAUUGGCCACUUAUACUCGAUGAUGAUUGCAGAUACGAGAAUCAGAUGGGAGAAAUUGGACCCUGCGAAGCGCACAUAUUUUCUAACCGGGACAGAUGAGCACGGCUUGAAAAUCCAAAACACAGCCGAGAAGCUUGGUGUCGAACCAAAAGAGUUGGUUGACAAGGUUUCCAACAAUUUUAAAUUGUUGGCAUCGAAAUUUAAUAUCAAAUACGACAGAUUCAUUCGAACUACGGAUACGGAUCAUGUUGAACUAGCACAAAACUUUUGGAACAUGAUGAUGGAAAAGGGCUAUAUCUAUAAAGGAACACACAGUGGGUGGUAUUGCGUCAGUGAUGAAACGUUUUAUCCUGAAUCGAGUAUCGAAGAGAUUGAAAAAAAUGGCAAAAAAGUCAAAGUUUCCAUAGAGUCAAGAAAUGAAGUGGUGUAUGAAACGGAAACCAACUACUUUUUCAAACUUUCGUCAUUUCAGCAGCACUUGAUUGACUACUUGAAGCAAAAUCCUCAGUUUAUCAAACCAAACCACCGGUAUAAGUUUAUUCUCAAUGAAUUGAUGAGUGCCAAAUUACCCGAUCUCUCGGUUUCGCGUCCUUCUUUGCGAUUAAAAUGGGGGAUUGAUGUCCCCAAUGAUCAAUCGCAAAAGAUUUACGUUUGGUUUGAUGCGUUGCUAAAUUACCUCACUGCUACUGGGUUUCCAAGAGGUUUUGCAAAAGAUGGAAGUCGAUACGUCACUCUUGAGAACAGUCCAUGGCCAGCAACUCACAUUAUAGGCAAGGAUAUCAUUCGAUUCCAUUGCAUUUACUGGCCCAUAUUCUUGAUGGCAGCAAACAUUGAGCCACCAAAACAAGUUGUGGUCCAUUCGCAUUGGCUAUGUGAAGGGUUCAAAAUGAGCAAGAGUUUAGGAAAUGUUGUGGAACCGAUAGAGUUGAGCGAGUAUUAUGGAGUUGAUCCCGUUCGUUUUUUUCUUACGGAAAACUCCAACAUAGACGAUGAUUGCAAGUUUAGCGAGGCUUUGCUACAAAGGAGCCGGGAUGCACUUGUUGGAAAAUACUGCAACUUGUUGUCCAGAAUUGGUGGGAAACUGUUUGACAUUGCACAAUCAGUGAGGCAAGCAAAGAAUGGCGAAUUUAAGAAUAUUGAAGAUUUGAUCAGCCGUGCUUGUUUGAAGAAGGGAAAUGUGGGUACUAUAUUGAAAUUGUCAACGGAGCUAAAAGAGAGUUUAGACAAUGUUUAUCGCGAAAUGGAUGAGAAAUUCACAAACUUUGACUACAUCAGAGCAAUACAGCUCUGGUGGGGAGUGAUUAAUCAAGCUAACCAAAUGUUUCAAGUGGCGGAACCGUGGUUAUACGUAACAGCCAUCAAAGAUUCGCAAAUCAAUGAAGAGACAGCAACCCAAUACCAACUAUUGGUCAACUACUUUGUUUACCUCUGUGCUGAAGCAAUGCGUAUUCUGUCCAUUUUGAUCCAACCGGUGAUGCCCGUCUUGUCGAACCAAGUGUUGACGAGAUUGGAUGUGGCCUUGGAGAAGCGGAGCAGUGACUUUACCAAGGUAGGUGCUGAUUUGGAUUACGGAAAAGAUUCUAAUUCAAGCCUGCACAAACCACCUUUGCAGAAAGUCAAGUCAAGA